AGAGAAAGAGGGAGACUCUCUGUAUCCUGCAGAAGCUGAACCCAUCAUGUGGGGUAACAAGCUCUGCCUUUUGCUGCUCCUGGGCACCUAUACCCAAGCCCAGCAAGAUUUAGGAGGUUUGGAGGAACAAUCAGUUUGCUUUUUGGCCAAAAGGUACAAGAACUUUAGGCGGUUUGUGUACAACUAUGAAGCUGAGACCUUUAACAGUGUAAAUGGAGCCUCAAAUGAGAAGAGUGGACCCAAAGUCUCCUGUACAGUUGAGAUUGAUGUGCCUCAGACGUGUCGAUUCAUCCUCAAAACAACAGACUGUUCUUUGAGUGAGAUUGUUGGUGUGGAUGAUGGGGGGAAUCCACUGUACCGUCCUGCAGCUGGAGCCAAGGAUUUCAAAGCUGCCAUGGCCAAGAACACCUUGAAGGUUGCGGUGGAAGGACACGCUGAUGUCAAGCUGUUCCCUGAAGAUGAUGAGCCGGUCAACAUACUCAACAUCAAGAGGGGAAUCGUGUCUGCUCUCUUAGUGCCUGAAAUGAAUGAGGAAGAGACAAAAGAAAUGCCCACUGUGCAUGGAGUCUGCUCCUCUGAGCUCACCGUCAACCAUGGAUUGGACACUGCUACCGAAGUGACCGUCAGUAGGGAUCUGUCCAAAUGCGAUGGGUUUGUUGCUCACAGGCAGAAUACCAGCCCACUGGCCCUCAUCUCAGGCAUGAACUACCCUCUGUCCAAACUGAUCAGCAGCUCUCAGACCUGUAACUACAAGUUUGACAACCAGAAGAAGCACAUGACCAGUGGCUCCUGCACAGAAAAGCACAUCUUCCUGCCCUUCUCCCACAACAAAGAAUAUGGAAUCUCUGCUGUUGUGAGCCAAACUGUGACACUGAGAGAAACUUCCAAGAUCAAUGACAGAAUCUUUGACCACAAUGAGGCUACUUUCAAGACCCUGCCCAUGGAUGUUGUUGAUGACAAGUCCCCACUGCAAACCAAGGAUGCCGUUAUUGCCACAAUGCAGAAGCUUAACACUCUAUCAAAGACAAAUGAGGGUGAGGAGCGUGCUGGCCUCUUCCGCAAGCUAGUGUCUGAGAUGCGCAGCCUCAACUCUGACAUCCUUACCUCAAAUGUGAACGAGAUGAUGUCCAUCUCCAGAGAUCUUACCUGGCAAGCUCUAGUUCAGUGUGGCACUCCAGAAUGCACCAGCAGCAUGCUGAAGAUACUCAGAAACUUUGACCAUGCUUCAUAUGAUGUUGAUGCUUUCGUCUAUGCCCUUGGAAUGAUGUCAAACCCUUCUCGCUUGAUGGUGCAAGACUUGCUAGAAAUGGCUAAGUACAAGCAGAGCAAACCCAUCAUGUAUGCACUGAGCAAUGCAGCCAGGAGAUUGUACAAAUCUGAAGGAGUCACCCCAGAGAUCACUGCUGUUUAUGAGUACAUGUCAUCCCUCCUGGGUGCAGAUUGUGCAGGCGAAAAAGAGCUGACAUUCAUGACCCUAAGGGUUGUUGGUAACAUGGGUGAUGUAAUGGAGGCCGCUGACCCUGAAAUUAAGAACACCUUGCUGAAGUGCAUGAGACAGCCCUCGACCACAUUGUCAGUACAACAGGCAGCUAUCCAGGCCUUCAGGCGCAUGUCUCUGACCGAUGAGGUCCGCUCCAACCUCCAGAGGGUCAGCCAGUAUCACAAGGGUGCCGUGCAGAAACGUCUGGCUGCUUACCUGAUCCUCAUGAGGGAUCCCCAGGACAGUGACAUAGACAUGGUGAAGAAGCUGCUAAAUGAGGAGCAGAACAUGCAGAUCAAAGCUUUUGUGUCCACCCACAUCUACAACAUUAUUAGCUCAAAUGAAACAGAGGCAAAAAAUCUUGGUGACAGAAUACGCCGCGUUUUGAUGGACACUGAUAUCUCCACGCAUAACGACUACACCACAAAGUCACGCAACUACAAACUUGGGAUUGCACAUGAGAACAUGGAGGCUAGUAUUCAGGGUAAUGUCAUUUUUGAUCCCAGCAACCAGCUGCCAAGGGAAGUCCUGUUGGAAACCACUCUAAAAGCUUUUGGCUACAACUUGGAUAUUUGGGAGCUUGGUAUGGACGGAAAAGGCUUUGAGCCAACCAUCGAGGCUCUGUUUGGAAAGAACGGUUUCUUCCCUGAUACCAUUUCUAAGGCUCUGUACUGGGCUGGGGGCAAACUGCCACCGGAGGUUAAAACAUUUUUAGAUAAAUAUUUUGUCAUUUCGACAGCAGGAAAGCAAAAUGUACCUGAAAACCUUGUGGGAGAAAUAAUUGGCAAUUUCAACAAGCUGUUGACCAAUCUGCAGAGUCAAGAGUCCCCAGAGGCUAUGGCCUACUUAAAGAUCAUGGGUGCUGAACUUGGUUACAUCAAGGGCAAUGAUUUGAAGUUUAUUGUUGAAAAUGCAGUCACUAACGCAAGAGCUUUCAUGCACCAUGCUAAGUUUCCCCUUAAUAGAUUCCCGAACUUUGACACAGAGAUGUUUGCACACUACAUCUUCAUGGACAACAAAUUCAUCUUGCCAACGGGAUCUGGUUUGCCCAUGACAUUUGCCCUAUCAGGAACAUUUGCUCCUGGUGCAAAAGGAGGCCUUCACUUCAACCCUAACAUGAAGGAGCUAGUCUUCAGUCCCUCUGUUGGAGUUGAGUUCCUGACCCAGAUGGGAGUCCACUUCCCUGAAUAUGUUGACUCUGCUAUUGAGAUGCACACCAACAUGUUCCACGAGAGUUCCCUCAAUGCCAAGAUCACCAUGGAGCAGAAUGAGAUCAAGCUCUCAAUCCAAGCUCCAAAGGGCACCACAAAACUCUUUAGAAUCAGCAACAAAGUUGUGAUUAUGGGUGCUGAACAAGCCACAAUAAUCCCACACAGUGAGGGUGAAUCACAGUGCAGCCCUCUCUUCUCUGGAAUCAAUUACUGCACCAAAAUGCAUCAUGCUGAUUCCCAGGACAGGAAUGCUGCUCCAUACUUCCCCCUGAAUGGAGAGACAAGUUUUGCCAUUGACAUCAAACCUACUAACGAGAUCUCGGAGUACACAGCUAGUAUUGCCUAUGAACUUCUUAGUGAAGGAAAGGAUGGCCGCCAGAAGGUGGAUUCCUUGAAGAUGACCCUGAGAGCUGACGGUGCUGAGCCCAAAGAGGCCACAGCUAUCAUGAAAUACAACCGGAACAGGAACAUCUUCACUACUCAAAUCCUGAUACCUGACAUCGAUGUUGAGACUGGAAUUAAGAUUGGCAUGACAGAGAGCAGUUCAAAGGGCAAAUCCCUCACCAUCGAGCUGUCUAACAAGAAUGUGCCACAGCUAUCUCUGACUGGUCGUGCCAAACUUCAAGCCAUGAAUAAUGGGAUGCUUCAGGUUCAACUCGUGGUGCCAUCCAUGAAGAUUGAUGCCACCCUUGGUGCUACUGUAAUGAAGACCGAUGGGCUCACCUUGCAGAUCAAGAGUGAUGUCAAGCUCCCAGAGAUUUCCUCUGUUCAGGCAGUAACCUUCAAAUAUGGUGAGAAGGAAACUGAGGCCUAUUUGACAUCCAAUGUAAAUGCUGAUACAAAGAUCCCAGUGCACUACGCUGAAGCCAUCCAGUCAUGGCUCACAAGGCUUUCCAAGGACCUCCUGGAAAAGAAGGUUGUGAAGACAGACAUGAAACUCCGUCACAUAGUCAACAAAGGAAUUGAGGCCAGCAACAUCUGGAUUGACAAAAUCUCUGAGGGUUGUCCUUAUAUGAAGAAUCUGAUGGACAACAUUGUAGAACUUGAAUUACCAUCAAUACCUGAAGUCUUAUUUUUGAAUUUUGAAAGCAAACUCAAAUACCAGUUCAACCAGAACCAUUUCAUGAUGACCGUCCCUCUGCCUCUUGGUGGAAAAUCAUCUGAGGAACUAAGGAUUCCACCUGUUGUCACAGUCCCACACAUCUCUGUUCCCCAGCUGGGACUAGAGGUUGCCUCACAGGACAUCCAAAUUCCACGUUUUACAAUCCCGACUGAACAAGACAUCUCUCUCCCUCUAAUGGGACUGUUUGAAGCGUCUGCCAAGGUCAACAGCAACUAUUAUGACUGGGAGGGACUGAUUACAGCUGGCAAUAACACCGCUGAGUCUCCUGAAUACGUGGCUAGGUUUAGUGUCAUGGCUGAAAGUCCAAUCAAACUGCUUUCCUUCUCAACUGAGGGGGCCACCAAAAUCACAGACACAGACAAAGAAACCAUUGAAGUCACAGUUGAUGGAUCCCUGAGGCAUAUGCUAAUGAACACAGGUUUCAGCGUGCUGGAAAGCGUUUCUGUCAAAGACAAUGUACUGACAACAGGUCGUUAUAACAUCUAUGCUACUGCUGCUCCAGUGGGUCUAGACACAUCUAUGACCAUUACCACCCAGUUCACUCUUGAGCCAGAUGCUUUCUUUGGAGACGUUAACACAGAUGGCAAUAUCAACAUUGGGCCUAUGGUUGCCACAACAACUUAUCUCUACACCUUCUCUGUUAAGCCAGCCAUGAAAGAAGCAAAAAUGGACAGUAGCCUAAUGGUGAAAUCUGACCUGAUGAAACUAUCCCACAAGAUAAAAGCCUUUUAUGAGAAUGAUGAGCUUUUGUUUCAAUCAACCAGCAGCUUAGAAUCUGACCCAGUCAAGCACACCACAAAAAUCAAUCUUAACUACAAGGAUGUCAAACUCACCAUUCAGUCUGACUCUGUUACCAAGGCUUUUGAGAAGAUGAUUCUUAACCAGUUGGCAUUUUCCAUGUAUGAAGGACAAGCUUCCCUCAGGAUUGAGAACCAAGCUGAUGACACACAAAACCGUGUAUACUCCUUAUUUACUGGAACAAUGAACCCAUCUGGUUUGGAAAUCAAUGCUGAUGCCUCCAUGAAGAUCUUCUCUAGCCUUGCUUCUCACAAAGCAACCCUGUCCCUGAGCACAAAUGGCUUGACCACUAGCUGCACAACAACUGCCCAGCAUAGUCCAUUCGUAUUUGAGAACAUUUUCCAUGGUGGAAUUGGUUCCUCUGGUGCCACCAUGUCUCUUAAGACAAAGGGAGCCAUUGAAGAAAACAAGGCUGAGCUUAACAUUGAGGGGAAGGUUUCCAGCACAGAAGUGUAUCUCAACAGCAUGUAUGAAGGUAGCUUGUUUGACAUCAGUGGGCGGAACAGAGUGAACCUCAGGCUGAAUGAAAAUGGGCUGGUUUGCUCUAAUAACAUGGUGGGAUCAUUUAGGGAGAUGAGGACUGAAAACACACAUUCCCUGUCUCUUACUUUAAAAUCGUUUACCCUUCAAACCAAAACUGACAACUUCCUUGAUGAGAGAAACUCCUACAUGCACGAUAUCACAGUCAACAUGGAGCAUUUUACAGCCUCAGCUAUGGUGAAAAAUGAACUAAAAGUCAUGGCAGUCCAUUUUGAGAAUAAUGCCCAAUUCAAAGCAGAACCCUAUGACAUAGAGCUGGCUGGGGCACUGACUGGAAGCUUCUCAGAGGAAGAGCUCAAACACAUCUAUGAAAUCAAGUUUGUUGACUUAGUCUUGUCUGCAAAGUGCAAUACUAAUGGAAAACUCUUGGGAUCGCACAUGACACAUACCACUGACAUGGAAGUUAAUGGUCUGGCUAUCAAGUUCAGCAAUGUGGCCAACUUCAACUCACCAUCUCUUCGUGUGGACAGUACAGUUAAAACUACCGCUGCUCCCCUCAUGCUUGACGUUGAUGCCAUCUUCAACUCAAACGGUGAGAUAAAUAUGUUUGGAAAGCAUAGUGGUGAACUCUACAGCAAAUACCUCCUAAAAGCAGAACCAGCAGAGUUUGCACAAUCAUUUGAGUACAGAGCUUCAAGCAGCCAUGAGAUGACAGACCGACCAACUGUGAAGACCAACAUGAACAACAAGCUCAACAGCUUGCUAAACCUGGAAGAACAAAUGGUCUCACUGGAGAUGACAUCCACUGUAAACGAACACACUUUUAAACAAGAACUGAGUGCCUAUAACAAUGCAGACAGAAUUGGUGUUGAGAUGAAGGGAGAAGUCUCAACUCCCUUCCUCAGCGAAGCCAAACAAGACUAUGCCAUCUCUGGAUUUGUGAAGUAUGACAAGAACAGUGACAGCCAGUUUAUUCAGAUCCCGUUCAUCGAGAACCUUCCCACGGUCAUUGAAAACAUGAAAAGUACAAUGAUUAAACUGAUAGGUCUCAGCACUGAGAUGCUCAAAGACAUCAACACAAGGUAUGAAAUCAGUGCUAAGAUUCAGUCCAAAAUUGAAGAAAUAAGGGAAGCGCUUGACAGUUUUGACAUUGCUCUUUUUGUCCAAGACCUGAAAAGGUUUAUCGCACCUGUGGAGAAGUUCAUCAUGAAACUGACUGCCCAGUUCCCUUCUGACAAAGUCAUUAAUCUUUUGACAUCUAUCAAGGAAACUAUUGUGGUUGAAAUUAAGAAUUAUAACAUUCCAACAAGGUUCAAGGCAAUUUAUAACAAAAUAGAAGAGUUUCUGUCUAAUUAUGAGAUUGAAAAAAUAAUUGGGACCAUCAUGGAUGAGGUUGUAAAAGUUAUGAGGCAGUAUCAGAUCAGAGAAAAGUUGCAACACACAUUUGAGGCUAUCCGAUCAAUUGACAUCCAGCCUAUUGUUAACAAAGCUAUGGUCCCAGCAAAGGAGCUUUUGAAUGAGCUUUACUCCAUUGACUUCAAACAGCUUAUUGAUGACAUGAGUGCCUUCUUCACAAGAGAGAUCCAGAAAAUUAAGUCAUAUGAUUAUGGUGCACUUGCUAGGGAAAUGAAAGACAAAGUGGCAGAGAUGAGCAAGAUUCCUUGCUUUGGCAAACUCUAUGGUGGGUUUGAAGUUAACUCCCCUCAUUACAGCCUCAUGACCACAGCUGAGCUGGAGAACACAACAACCACAGCAGCCAGACCUGAAUUUAAAUUAAGCCUGAACUCACGGGCCGAUUCUACUCUUAAUGUGCUUGACUUUACUGUGGAUGCCUCUGCACAUUUUGCUGCCCCCAAAAUGAGCCGUCUGACCAUGUCUGAAUCCAUCAAUGUCAAACAGUCUUCCUUCACACUUGAACAUAAGGGAAUGAUGGAUCUGUAUGGCCUAUCAACUCAAGCCUCUGCUGAAACCAUUGCAAAAGCAACAUAUGAGCUCUAUGAUGCAGAGCUUGUCAACAAUGCAUUCUUUGCUCUGGAAAAUGGAGUCUCUGCCAAAAUGGAAACUGCCUACAAACACGACCUCAAGUUCCCACCCCUAAACAUCCAGAGUGAAAUGAUGAUUGAUCAGAAGACUAUAUUUGGGAUUGAAGAUGCCAGCAUCAAGCUCACUAUUAAUAACGUGGCCAAUGAAAAAUACAGUAUUUGGGAUUUCUCAGAUGAAGCAACCCACAAGAGUGACCUCAACCUAGAAAUGGAUCUCCAGAACAUCAAAGUGACCUUCACUGGUGACACAAGCAGCUACCUUUUAAAGGCUAAGGAAAGUUUUGUUGCGGAAAUUAAUAUUUUCCGUCAUGUCCUGAUUGAUGCCAAGUUUGAGACUGAUACACCUUUCAUGAAGGGCAGUGUGGCAGAGCUAAAGCUUCAGGCCAAGGCUGAAGACAUGAGAAUUUAUCUCUCAGCAUCUCAUGAUGCAGAACUGGUCGGGAACAUUGAGGGAACACUUUCAAGCUCUCUCCUAACAUUGGUCUCAGCAACAGAGCUUACAUUUGAUAGUAAGAACAAAGGAAAGGGCAAGGUUGUUCUUCCAUUCAAGCUGUCUGGAAAAUUUGACCUCCAGAAUGACAUUGUUUUUACUCUGAACUCAGAAAUGCACCAAGCACGCUGGGUAAGUCUGGGACGGUUCAAUCAGUAUAAAUACUCCCAUCUGUUUGCCCUGGAGAAUGGAGAAAAUGAGAUUAACAUCCAAUCACAAAUCAAUGCCGAAGCAGAUCUGGAUGUGUUGAAGGAACCAAUCUCAAUUCCUGAGAUAACUCUACCAUACUUUGGCAUGAAGACACAACGAGUGGAGGGCUUUUCUCUGUGGGAAAACACUGGCCUGAGCAACAUCCUAACGACAACUCAGCAGACUCUGGACAUCAACUCCAAAUUGACUUAUAUUAAGAACCCUGACAUGAUCACAAUUGACAUUAAUCUGGAUCCACUCAUUCGUGCCAUUAAUACAAACAUGAGGGCACUACACAAGAAAAUGCUCAUUAGCAAGGAUAAAGCUGCGACCAUUCUUGCUUCAUCUUACAACAAAGCAAUGUCAGAGUAUGAAAAAUACAGCAUUGAGUUGCCUAAAACCAUUGUAGUACCUGCCUACAAAGUUCCAGUAAUGAAUGUUGAGAUGUCCUCCUUCACAAUCCCCUUACCUGAUGUCACACUAGUCACAAUGCCCUCACUGCACAUCCCAUCUGCACUCAGCAAACUGACUGUUCCAAAAAUCACCAUACCUAAGGUUCAGAGCAUUAAGAUCCCAUUGAUGGGUGACCUGACUUAUAAGUUCUCCAUGGAAACAGCAAUGAUCACACUUAAAACUGAUGCCAGCAUCCUCAACCAGGAUGGCCUGAAGGUCAGAUUUGAUGCCUCGUCAACCUCUGGGUGUGAAAUGCUGACGGGGAAAAUUGAGGGUAACACCAAUGUUAACACAGUGGGUGAAUUUCAAAUGGCCUCCCUCCUUUCUGUAAAACAUGUAAUGCUUGAAGGAAAUCAUGAGAGCACCAUCACCUUGAGUUAUGAAAAUAUAGAUACCGAUGUGAGCAACUCAAUUAAGGUCCUUUUGCCUUCACUCACUAUGGAAAUCAACCAGGACAUUAAAGGAAAUCCAGUAGAUGGUCUUGUUGUCUCCAUGUCCACGCCCUCUGCAGGCCAUCUUGGUGUACAGCUGCAGACCAAGCGGCCUGCACAAGUUAAAGCUCGACUCUAUGGUCGCUACCCGACUGAACCAUCAACAGACAUCAACAUCCUGGGUCUCAAGAUGUCAGUCGUGAACUCUGAGAAGCUGAGCCUUCAGACGACCUGGAACAUGGAGAUGCCAUAUGAGAUGAUGCUGGGACUGAAGAAACAGGUUCCCGGUGCCAUAGAAAUGGUUUCUGAUACUGCCGUCAAGGUGUACAACAAGAUCAGCAGACAUAUUAGGAGUUUCAAGGGCUCAUUUGAAAGGUUCAGAAAGCAGGGUAAAGUAAUGUUCAAGAAGGCUGUGGAAAACCUAGCGGCAGUUAGCUCUUCUGAUUUUAUGACAGCUACCACAGAUAAGAUCAUUAAGAUUCUGAAACAGUCCCAGAGGAAGGUUGAGCUUAUUCUUGAUGCUGUGAUUAAAUUUUUGAGGCAGACCAAGUUCCAGAUUCCUGGCUAUGAACAAAGGCUCUCUGGACUUGAGAUCUACCAGAAAUUCAACACUUUUGUUGCUGAUGUUUCUGAGGAGGCGAUUGAAAAGCUUCCUCAGUACAUUGCCACCAGCUUUUCCUCAGUUUUUGAUCAUGUCCAAGCCAUAGAAUUUACCAUCCCUGGAUCUAACCGCAUCAUCACAGGGAAAGAGCUCUCAGAUGACCUACUGCUGGCUUUGGGUAGAAUUCAAGAGCAGCUGAUUGUUAACCUGAGGAAACUAGGAGAAAUCAAAGUGGAGGAUAUCAUUGACAAAUUUUCAGAAUUCCUCCAAUUUAUUGUUGAACAAAGUGAACGGUUUAUCCAAACUCUAAAAACCCAGAAUGUUGAGAACAUCUCCAAUGCUGUGGUGGAUGCGUACCAUAAUGCCAUGAAAUCCCGUUUCCUGGCCACUGUUGCCAAGCAGGUUGAUGAAGUGUACAUAAUCAUAAAAGAAUAUCUCAAAUCUGUGAUUGAUAAAAUCCACAGCAUUGUGGCUGACAUCUCAACUGAACAGCUUAGAGAAGACAUUCAGUCCUGGAUUGACUCAUUUGUGAAACGUAUCAACACUUUACACAACAGUGUAAUUAGGAACCUGAAAGAAAAAAGCAAGAAUAUUGAACCAUACGUGAAAGUAAGUGAUAGACAGGUAGAGGUUGACAUUCCUUUACCAUUUGUUGCUAGAUUCAACUAACUCACCAAGAGAGCCAAACUGAUAGAUAAGUAUUUGAAUUAGCUACCUUUCUGCCAUAAGCAAGCAACACAAUAAUUUAUUGUCAGAAGCAAACUAAACUCUUCAUAUGGAUUUCUGUUCUCACAAUGCUUAACUUUGUGCUGUUUUUUUCCCUCAUAAUUUUGUUUUUUCAUUGUAGACCCACAGUUGUUCUGAUUCUCCUUUGUUUCUUGUCCUAUUUAAACCUAAGUGGUCAUCAAUAAACUGUUUGU